AUGGAUAAUUCGCGUCCCAACCUGCUGGAGGAAGCGCUUGGCAUUGGCAAAGGCGGGCGAGUGGUGGUGGUGGAGGAUUGUGUUGAGACCAGCGGCGCCUUCGUGCUCCACCAUUUCCUUAAGCAUUCUUUCCACCCCGAAUCUUCUGAUGUCAUCGUUUUCAUCGCCUUUGCCCACCCUUUCUCUCACUAUGACCGCAUUCUCCGCAAGAUGGGUUGCAACUUAACUGUGCAGAGGAAGAAUCAAAGAUUUGUAUUUCUUGACAUGCUUACACUGCAGUGCCCAGACAGAAAUGGAGGGGAAGCAAGAGAAGAUGGAUUACUUGCAUUGUAUGGGGAACUUGAGAAAGCAGUAGAAAUAUAUUCUUCACUUGAAGGCAGUAGAACCAUUACUAUUAUGAUUGAUGACGUUUCGCUUAUGGAAGUGGUGGCUAAUGGUUCAUCAAAUCACGUGUUGGAUUUUCUACACUACUGCUACACUCUGAAAGCAAAAUAUGGCUGUUCCUUUGUUACUCUUAAUCAUGAGGAUAUCUAUUCCAGUGCAAAUAUGCUGCCCUUAAUCUUGCAACCGGAGUACCUUGCUGAUGUUAUAAUCAAGGCAGAACCUCUGGCAACUGGUUUAGCAAGUGACGUGCAUGGACAGUUGACUGUUUUAAAUAAGGGAAGUGCUUGUGACUUGGGAGGCUCAAGUUCUAAGGUCCGCAAUUUCCACUUUAGGGUCAAGGAAAAUUACGUAGACUACUUCUAUCCGGGGACUCAGACUUGAAUAGAUGCCCUGUUCAUUGAAUUUGAACGUUGGUCAGCAUAUCUUAGACCGGAGGAUGCAGUAAUUGAUGUCCCAUAGCGUUGGCAGAAGCGUGAUUUUGAGGUGAAAACUUUCCAUUUCUUUUGCCGAUUGGUUAACAUAUGUUACAGUAAAAGAUAAUUAGCCCAGCUAAUCAUUACAAUCUUAUAAUGGAUGACCAAAGAGCAAGGAGCAAACUAUAUUUAUCUUUGAUCUCUGGCAACUGGCAAAGGCGUCCUGACAUGGUAAUCUUUACUAGAAAGGCAUGUAAAACUUAGAAACCAAAUUUGACCUUCAGUUUGGCCCUUCUUGGCUCUGUAUGUUGACGCCUCCCAUUCAAGUUUCCAGAAUUUCUGAGUUUUAUUGUUAGGGAAAUUCAGUUGCUUUCUGUUA